AUGGCAGACUCGGACGUCGAACUGGACUCAUCCACAAUGGACUGUGAGGCCACCUCCAGGCCUGAUUCUCCGUCAAGGUUUACCUUUGAUGACGGGGCAUAUCUUACUCUGGAGGCUAAAUUACUAGCGGAAUCCAAUGAACACCUUCAAAGGAUCAUGGAUUUACUUCCCCCGCCAAGUAAAUCUAACCCAAUUGUUCCAGAAAAGAAGGAAAUCAAGGAGCGUGUUGCCUCAAUGUUUGCCAACAUCAACGCAAUGUACGGUAGUCUUGUAGAGCUUAGGGCUUCUAAGUCCAGCCCCACCACUAUCCAAUGUCAGUGCCAACAGUCGCAAUCUAGGCCGGCCCCCUCCUACUCAGACAUAGUGAAAACAAACAUUCCUCAAAGCACAACCACCAAAACUAUCUCCAAGUCAAUUAAUAAAAAGAUAAAAAACGAAGGGUGCAGCAGCAGCUACGCCCUGAUUGUGUACCCCAGAGAUGCCAACGAUGGAAAUGUAACCAUGAAAAGCAUUCAAAGAAACAUAAUCAAAGAUGUCAAACCAGACAAGCUAAAAAUUAAGGUGACGGCCAUAAAGCAAGUUAAAGGGGACGGGAUCUGCUUCCGGACAAGCAGCUUGAGGGACGCUACUGUCCUAGAGCAGGCGAUCCAAGGGCUCCCAGAGGUGCAACCACUGGUAAGGACCAAAUUAUCAGAAGGCAGACGCCCAAGGAUGAUUCUGCUAAACGUCCCCAGCUCGGUAGGAGACGACCACAUCAUAAGCACCUUAUAUGAGCAGAACGAAUCCCUCCACAGCAUAAAAAAGGAAGACUUCGUUGCCUCCACACGGUUCAGCACUGCCCUCACAAGGGGCAACACAAAAGAGAACUGUCGGCACAUAGUGCUGUCAACAACGCCACACAUUAGAAACCAACUAAUUAAAGAAAAAUAUAUCUCCAUCUCUUGGGCUAAUGUCCUUAUCAACGACUAUGUGCACAUCACCCGCUGCUAUCAGUGCUGUGGCUUUAAUCAUCUGGCACGCGACUGCACCUCAAAGCAAGUUUGCAGUCACUGUUCCAAGGCACACAGAUACAGCGAGUGCACUAGGAGGGAACAGCCUUCUUGCUGCAUCACUUGUAAAACAGCAAAUAAAGACCUCGCUCCAGAAAGGCGCCAACCAACGAACCAUAAUGCGUUUGACCCCAAAUGUCCGCAAACCAUAAGAAUAAGGGAGCAAAUAAUAAAGCAAACCAAUUAUGGGGACUAA